CAGCCCUGCAUCAACAUGUAAGCACGAGUGGGAGGAGUGUCAACCUGUUUCUGAUGCGAGAAAUGAUAUGACGAGCAAGAUGUCGGCGUUUGGCCAUAUGCGAGCACUUUGAUCUUUACUUUUGAGGGGCACAGCAGAUUCUGGGUUGUUUAUAUCAGCCAGUUUGAGAAAGUGGCUGUGGAUCGAUCUAAUCAUGUCGGAAGUGUAGACAUUGAAUUACUGUCUAAAAUAUCCCUGUGAGCAAGAUUGUAAAAGAAAAGACGCAUACGGUGGUGACAUGGUCGUGAUUUCGGGGAACAGCUGGGUGGCCAUCGGAUGUGCGGUCUGCUAUUUGGUACUGUGACACUAACUUACGAAGCAGAUCUCUGUCAUGUUCAGCCUCACGAAGGCCCCAUAGGAGCCCUAAGCCCUGGGUUGGUUGACCUCGGAGAUGCGCAGGUCUUUUAUGUCGAUCGACUGGGUACACAGUACUUUUGACGCAACUAUCACACCACCACGACCACCCUACCCACGUGCCUACCAUAAUACAGCCAUUGACUGCCACUCCAAAUCGAGCAAGCUUCGUCCCUAAAUCUCCUCAUCUAGAAGCUAUGCCCUAACUUGGGCCUGAACUAUUGCUGACGGAAGAUAUGGGUCACCAAUGCACCAUCGAAAAAGGCCGGACUACGGAUCUCGUAAGACAAAAGUCUCCUACACCUCGUGAGUAUCUCGUGAUGGACAGAGCCAAACGAACGCCAAAAGUGCUUGUUGGUGGACUAGACCAGGCACGAGCCAGUUGGUUACCAUCCCCUCGUACCCUGUGCAUACCCCGACAGCCCUCAAGAUCGCCGACUUCCGAGUUCAGGCGCCUGAAAGGAAAGGCUACGAACCUCACUCUACGCUUAGACCAGUCAUCGUUGAGGCAAGUCUCCGCGGACCAUGUCAUAUAUAUAAGCCAGGGUAGGUCUGAAGCAAUCCCAUGUCGUUCCCCCCCUUGCAAUAUCGUCAAAGCCGUCCAGACACUGAGCGGCCACCCAUGUCCGAACUGAAAAACACUACAUCUGGUUCCAUUCAAUGUCGCUAACCAGUGCCAUUGCCACGAAUACCUGCUCGGUGCCUUCAGCAGCUCAGCUCGGGAGAGUUGUGGCACCCCUUUACCAUGCCCGCACUGCCAUCACCGGGCACCGUGCAGCUCUCAUAACAGCUCCGGCUCCAGCUCCAGCUCCAGCAGAAGCCUGUGCGCCUUCGAAUCCCGGACAGUCUCCACGACCUCGAUAUCAUUCAACAAUUAACCUCGCUCGCCCUGCGGGCACGUUCCCCAUCCGCCUAAACAACAUUUUCGCUCAGAAAGCGCCAUCCGCACCGGGACGAUAUUUCUCGACGACGAGCGUGUCGCGACUUCGCGACUUCUUCCCAUCGCACGAGACAAAAUAUAUUCGGCAGACACCGCCGGCAUGGCCGCACCAUGGCUACUCGGAAGAUGAAAUGCACAAAGUCGCCCCCGCUCACCGGGAACCAAAAUCCUUUGGUGACUGGGCCGCGUGGAAAUUGAUCAGGUUUUGUCGAUGGGGCAUGGACAAAGCAACUGGCUUGAAACCAGAUCAGCAGUCCGACAAGUCAAAACCCACCACAGCCGUGGUGGCGAGUAAACCGUUGACCGAGGCGCAAUGGCUCGUACGAUUUGUCUUUCUUGAAUCCAUUGCCGGAGUUCCGGGUAUGGUUGCUGGAAUGCUACGACAUCUACGUUCUCUCCGCCGCAUGAAGCGCGACAACGGCUGGAUCGAGACGCUGCUGGAAGAAUCUUUCAACGAGCGAAUGCAUCUUUUGACCUUCAUGAAGAUGUGCGAACCCGGUUGGUUCAUGAAGACCAUGAUCAUCGGUGCUCAAGGCGUGUUUUUCAACGCAUUGUUCUUCUCGUACCUCAUCUCGCCGAAGAUAUGCCACCGCUUCGUCGGCUAUCUGGAGGAGGAAGCCGUCCACACUUACACCAGAUGCAUCGGCGAAAUCGAACAAGGCUUGCUGCCCAAGUGGAGUGACCCCAAUUUUGAGAUCCCCGAGUUGGCCGUGCAAUACUGGCACAUGCCCGAGGGAAAGAGGACGAUGAGGGAUCUCAUCUACUACAUCAGAGCCGACGAAGCAGUUCAUAGAGGAGUAAACCAUACACUGGGCAACCUGAACUACAAGGAGGAUCCCAAUCCUUUUGUCAGCGACUACAAGACCGAGGCCACCGGCCACAAGCCGAACGCUGUGACCAAGGGAACUGGGUAUGAACGUGAAGAGGUAAUUGGUUGAUGGUACCUGGUGGACGUUAGAAGAACUGGCAGAAAGAGCUCGAGCCGGUUUAUACGAAAGGGCUGUCCAUGCCACAGACAGCACGAUGGAUGAACACACUUCUGUUCAUUGCCGUUCUACCUGCGGAAAAUACAAUGAGAUUCCCAACUUAUGGCGUUCCGAAUCGUCAGCGAGAAAAACCACGUGCUGACACCAUCAGAGUGCAUUUUCUGUGGGAAAGCAUCCGCAACAACGCACAGGUAUUGGCGGAAAGCCCUUCUGCACCAUUCUUGAUACAAGCGUCAUGAACACUCACUAUUUCUGCUCGUCCUCCCUCUGCUCCUCAGUCCUUGCAAGAAUGUCUGGAAAUUCACGUUAACCUUCAAUCCCGAAACCAGCAUCGAUGCGACCACUUGCCUUUCAGCGUCACGGGCGUUGGAUGCAGCUCCGAGCCGAGCUUCUUGUCCAGAUGUUUGCGGUGCUCGGGGUUGCUCGUGUCCACCACCAGCACCUUCUGGUACUUGCCUUUCCCUUCUCUCAUAUCGUACGUUUCAAUGAGCGCCAGAGCGAGCAGUGCCGUCAAUGUCGUUGCUUGUGCAAGGACUCGAGCCUGGACCAGCUUUCGUGCGCCCGUCUGAAACGGAUCUCUGGCCAUCAUCUGCAGGCUGGUGAUCAUCGAGACGCCCCAUGUGGCGCCCAAGACCUGCAUUUUGUGCUCAUACAGCCAUUCUCGUGAGAGGUCGGUCUUUUGGGCGCCCGCGUGCAUCCUCUCAAAGAGGUCUUCCCUCUGCUCGAUGUAGUCUUUGGUCUCUGGGUGGAUCCGCGAUUGGAAGGAAUGAGAUCCAUAGGUUGAGCCAUAACUGAUUCCCAUUAUGGUGGGAUAUACCACGAAAGUGCCUCGCACGGCCGGUGACAGAUGCUUGAAUGGUGCAUAGUAUCGGUGUAGACCUGCUGUAGCAACGAGACCGACUAGAAAGCCGGCGACGCCAGC